UAUGAGCAAACCGAGUUGAACCAGAUCCAUGCCGAAGAAGGGCGUGCUAAUGGUGGUGACUAUAGUGAAGAGGGAGAAGACGAGGAAGACAAAAGCCUGUCUCAAUUGCCUCCUUUUACCCAUACUGUGGAGCUUCCUCGAAUUCUACUACUGGCGAAAUCCUUACUUCCUAAACAAGAUGUUCACAACAAUCCAAGCGCCGUCAAAGGGUGCGCGAUAAAAGCCGAAGAAAGAAAAUUAGCGUGA